AUGAAUACCUCUACCAGCUCUUCGAACACCAUCUCACAAAACACAAGAAUGAAACUCGAAAUCGAAACAAGACAACUCCAACGAUCCUGGAAGGAGUUCCAAGAAUUGCUAAGCUAUCAAGAACAAAAACAGCAACCAGAAGAUCUCAUCCGAGAAAUAAAGGCUGCCGUCGAAUACUGGUCCUUGCAUCGACAGCGAGUCUUGUUCCGCAAAUCCAUCAAAUGGGCCGAAAAAUGCCUCGAGACGAUGCACGGGCAUGCUAUACUAAUGCAAGCCUUGCCAGACCCGAAGCGGUAUUGUGAGUUGUUUUUUGGGGUUGUAUACUCCAUCGUUAGGGCCGCACGAGAACAAUACCGGGUAGUAGAAGCCUUUCUCAAAUUCCUGGCUCGAAUCAACCAUGCCGUCACUUCAGCAGUCCAAAUCAACUCGACGACGGAGGUGGUCGCUACACUAUACGGCCAAAUCUUUCUAUUUCUCGGCGAAUUUCUUCGCGACUAUGUGUCCAAAGCCCGGUGUCGACUGCUGUACAGCCACAACGAAGACUUCAAGUCUAAUUUCAAGAAUUUGGUUACGAGUGUCGAGAAUCUAGCUGCUAUGCGACUUGAAUCAGCGGCUGCAUCCAUCGACUGUACAGGUAGCAAAGCAUUCAACUACGUGGAUCAUGCGCGCUUGGAAAAAGUUGGGUUGGAAGGGGAUGCUCGACGACAUGCAUCGCAGACGACGACGGUGUGGCAGUUGAUCUGGAACCAGCGACAGCAAAAGCUCCUAAACGACAAACUCGCGGCCGAGCAGACCAGGAUCCUGGAAGCGUUUCUCGCCUCGCUGCAGGCCCAAGUACAUCAGAUCGAGAUUGAUACCCAGUGUCACAGGUCCGGUAACAGUAUCGUCCACAAACCAAGCCGAGCACUCGACUCUACCAAAACCACCCCAAAACGCCGCCUCCUCAAAGUUGCCUUGCAGGAAGACUCCUCGCCACUGCAAGACUAUUUUGAUAACAACGAACAAAUCCACCCCUUUGGCCGCGACCAGCGCCUUGAAAUCUCGUCGUCAAUCGCCAAACCUCUAUUUGAUUGGACUCAGACCAAUCCAUCCCUCCCUCUUGUCAUCGAGGGUUCUCGGCCCUUGGGCCUUCCCGGACGACUGACUUUAGUAUCCGCAUGCUAUAUCGCUGUAGCACGCAAACGCAAUAUCCCCGUCAUAUCCCACUUUUGUGCUGCGUCACCACGCACAAACAAAAAGGCGGGGCUUAUUGCACUUGUAUACAGCCUUAUCCGACAACUGAUCGAACUCACGCCUCCAAUGCUGGAUUGUGAUAGUAACUGCGACUUGAGCAGCGAGAGAUUCCGCCGUCUGAAUGGCACAAUAGCGUCCUGGAAUGAUGCACUUGCUAUACUGGAUACAUUACUACGGUAUCGAUCUCCGGUGUUGUUUUGUGUCAUUGAUGCGUUAGAUAUGUUGGAGGACUCGGCGGAUGAUUCGUUGGAGCAGUAUGUUAAGGGGCUUGUGACGACGUUGUCGUCGCAGAACACGCGUUUACCGGCGACUGCGCAAACAUCGGCCGUUACUACUGUAACGACAGUAACCACGAUGACAAACACAGAUAUCCCAAAUCCUAGCAGUGGUUCGACAAGCAGCACAACCACAACUUCAACUUCAACAUCGACAUCCGACCAAUCGCUAUCCCCGAAUCCGAAUGGACUGUUCAAAGUCCUCUUCACGACCGCGGGUAGAUGUAAGGCUGUGCAGGAGAUGUUUGUCGAUCAGGGGUUGGGCCAGGUUAUCACGACCAUAGAUACGGACCACGUCAGGGCCGUUGAUGUUGCCGCCGUCGAUGAAGAUGUUGCUAUGCUAGACGCAUAA